AUGGAGCCCUUCAUAGUUACCGUACUGGACUGCAACGUCAAACAUGGACUGGUAUCACCCGUAAGUGGAAUUCCACACCCUGAUCACGAAACAACGGCGAUGAUGUUUCCAACCAAUGUCAAGUACGUUUUUGAAGACGACGAAGAAUUGGUCGUCGAGCAUGAAGAGGACGGGAUCGAAAACGUAGUAGUGGUCGAAACCAACGCAGAACUUGAAGUCACACACGUAGAAUUGAUCAGUGACCGGUUCAAACAGCUAAGCUGGAAUACGACUCAGGAUGAUCCACAUGAGUUGCAUAUGCGUGUCUUGUCAAGAUUCGAGUCCCUGGAGGAUGAGGAAUUGCCAUUGGAGGAGCUAAUACGGAUUUAUAAGACUAGAAACGACCAGCUACAUAGUCUUUUCAAUACACUGUGA